AUGGCCCUCAGCAGAGAGCACUUCGGUGCCAUGCUGGGGAGAACCGUUAAAGUCACCUUAAAAUGCGGCGUCUUCCAGGGGGUGCUGCAGCACGUGAACCCCGACCGGAGCCUCCUCCUGCGAACAGUGAAGAACUUGGAAACUGGCAGAAGCACUCCAGGAGUAAAGAUGUUUUUUGGCCAUGAAAUAGUGAAUGUGGAAUUGCUGGAUGAACCAGAUUCAGGGAAGGGAACGGCAAUGCUCUCUGAGUACGAGAUUCUUCAGCUGCACCUAAAGGCUGAUCAGAAAGGGGUUUUUAUGUUUUAUUCUAAUGAGAUAGAGAGGUGCACUUCAGCUGUUGAAGGGAACAAACAAGCAGGCACGGGACCAGCAGAUUGUGGCCCAUGGAGUUCUCCUUGCGUUUCCCUAGAGAGCCAGCUCAGAGCAUCAAAUAGCUUAAAAUACUCCCUCUCAGAGAAGAAGGGAGGAGAGAAUGUGGAGUACACAGUUGUUGAUAGUUUCCAGCAGAAAUUUGGCCCAGCAGUGCUGCACCUAAAACAGCAGAGUGUUGUCAGUAUAGCAGGAGAAGGUGUUAAUUUGUGUCGUCAUGGAAAACUCUCAUGGCUUGAGAUAGCAACGAAAAGCCGUGUUUUUCUAUUUGAUAUCUUUCUUCUGGGACCUCAGGCUUUCAAAAAUGGAUUACAGAUGGUGCUGGAAGAUAAAAACAUCUUGAAGGUCAUGCAUGAUUGCCGCUGGAUCUCAGACUGCCUCUUUCACCAGUACGGUGUCCUUCUCUCCAAUGUCUUUGAUACACAGGUUGCUGAUGCUCUGCAGUUCUCAAUGGCAACAGGUGGCUUCCUUCCGCAUCGUGUCUGCACGUUACAGGAGUGUGUGAUGCAGCACUUGAAGAUACCUUCCAAAUGGGAUGCCAUCAUGAAGAGCAGGCAGCAGAUGGCUUCAGCGAAUCCUGACAUAUGGUUCUGGAGACCCUUUCCAGCUUCUCUGCUUAAAGCACUUGCUUUGAAGGCUAUGGACCUUCUGCUGCUCCAUUCAUCUCUAAUGGAUAAUUUGAUGUCUGACCUAACAGCUGUAGUACAUGGUUAUUUAAAUGCUUAUCGGACUGGGUCUGGAGAUCGCCUUGGGAGCACAAAGCCCACUUGCAUGGAGCUGCCAGAGGAGCUGCGUCAGCUGGCAGACAUCCAGAAGCUGCGAAGGGAGAAAGCGAUAAAAGACUACAAAAUGAACGAGGAUGGUCUUUUGAUCAGACCAGCCAUGGAAUUAAAAGAGAGAAACGAUCUGCAGAAGGAUAGAAACUACAGAGGUGACGGGGAUCGCCUUCCCACAGAUAAAGCGGUGUCUCAAAUUACAUCCUUCUACAAUCAGGAUGUACUUUGUCAAGAAAAGCUUGAAAAUCAAAAUCAAGUGGUAAAUCUGUGGAAGAACCUUUAAACCAAC